UCUUGACUUAUUGCAAGAAUCCUCUCUUCUUUCCCAGUCUCACGUCGCCGCUUUCAUUUCAUCUCUCUUAACCAUGUCUCAAGAUCAAGAGCACAGCGAAGCCUUCAAGAAGGGUCUUGCAGUGCGCGGCGAGGUCCUCGGGGAGAAAUACGUCAAUAAAGCACUGGAAAAGUGCCAGGAUGAAUAUUGGAGGCCAGCUCAGGAACUGAUUACGGAAUAUGCCUGGGGAACAGUGUGGACACGACCCGGGCUCGAUCGCAAGCAGCGGAGUUUGCUCAACUUGGCCUUUCUAACGGCACUCAAGAGUUGGACCGAGUUAGGACUUCACACAAAAGGUGCUCUGCGGAAUGGGUUGACACAGAUUGAGAUUCGGGAGGCCAUCUUGCAGUCAAUCAUUUAUUGUGGUGCUCCGGCAGGGAUGGAAGCUAUGAGAGUCACGGAGAAGGCUAUUGAAGAAUACAAGGCUGAGGCGAGCGAGGACACAAGUCAAGCGACGGCUUCCUAGAUAUAAGUACGGGAAUAAUCUAUCACUGAGAGGAACAUGCCUCCAAGUACAUCGUUAAUUACACAGUGGGCAAUGAACUCACCGCGAGGUCUCGAAUAGACCGAAGCGGGGAGGUGGUAAAUUCACGCGGUAUAUAGCAUUUGAUAAUUUUGUUCCACCUGGCCCUCUCCUGAUAAGCACAUGGGAGAUGAGAAAUUAUCAAUGAAGAAGGG